UUCUCGUAUUUCUUGAAAAAUUGUUUCUUAAAUUUCGAUUAGUUAAAUUUUAUAUUAACAAUUACUGUUGUGAAUUGUUGUUUAUUAACGAAAUCAAUAAAGAAAUAUGGAUAUAUUUCGUUUUAUAUAUGUUAAAUUAUACUCUUGUCGAUUGUAUAAACCGGGAAUACUAAUUGAAAAGUCAGUGAUUUGAAACUUGAAUUGAAUGGGAAUUGAUGAUAUAAUAUCCUAGCGAGAACUGGAAUUGAAACUUCUUUUGCGGUGAUGAUAAAUGUGAUAAUGUAAUAAGAAUGCUCCGCUUUUUUUUAUCUAUAUUCGAUCUUGUCACGACAUUAUAAAUAUUUACAUCAUUUAUUUUUCUAUCUAGAUAAAAUCGAUAUAUCCUUAUAUAACAAGCAUCCUAUUCAAUUAAUUUUUUUUCAUUUACCUGUUCAACAACAACAAAUUUACAAUAUUUCAAAGAUUAGAAAAUAACGCGAUGAUAUUUCAAAAUAAUCAAUAGAAAUUGUCGAUAAUUGUUAUAUAUAUAGGUAAACAAACAACAUCAAACCAUCCCAAACGCAUCUCAUCUCGCCCGAUUCAAGUAUCGAGUUUUCGGCCUAUCGCGAAAUCCGAGGCAAGAAAAAUUAAAAAAGAAAAGGGAAAAUUAGCCGAAUAGUCAUCGUUGAGAAAUGAAAUAGGGAUAAGGAUCGAGCCUCGUCAGCAUCCAUCAUUGAUUUCGAUUAAAGAAAAAAAUCCGUUUAAAGAUCAUUCAUCGAAAAAAAGAAGAAACGAAGGAUCUCGUUCGGACACAUCAAUAACGAAACGAGAAAGAAAGAAGGAAAAACUUGUACUCGCCUUCCCUCCCCCCCCCCCCCGUUCUCUUUAAGACUCGAGAGAACGCAGCGACGUUGCGCAUCGCUUGACGGAUUUCACCGUGGCUUCCUUUAUCGUAGCCUGGUGUCGAACAAAAAAAAGAAGAAGAAAAAAAAAGAGAAAAAUAUCGUACGAAGUACGUUAUAUUUGAAAAAAUAAUAAAAAAAAAAAAAAAGAAAAAGAAAAAGGAUUCAAAAGACAAUGCAGGGAUACAUUGUCUAGACGCUAGGAAAGUUACGAAACGCAUGUCAAUUGUUACUCUCAGAUAAGUGUGAGUGCGGUGUGCGGAGGAUGGAUGAGACGCGUAAUGUGUGAAAGAGAGCGAGCGAGCGAGCGAGCGAGAGAGAGAGAGAGAGUAUUCUAAAUUUAAAAAAAGAAACGAAACACACAAACAAAGAAAAAAAAAGGAAUAAAAUAAAAAUGGCAACGUAACGUUUUAAAGAAGAGAAAGAAGAAAAGCGAAGAGAUAUGACAAGGAAUCAUCGAGAUUGCGAAGAUAAGAAGAGGACACGAAAGAAUCGAGGUAAAAAACGGAGAAGAUUGAAUAUUUGUAAAUGGUGUUUUGAGUUCGAAUAGUGAAAGUGAAAAAUUGAAAAUGGUGAGAAAUCGACGAACAGGAGCAAGACGAGGAGGAGAAUAGGAAGAGAGACGAGGCAAGUGACUAAAUAUUUUCAGGUAUAUGAAAUCCCUCCAAUACUAGAUCUCAAUUGCUCAGAACAAUCUAAUUAAAAAAAAAAAGAAAAUAAAAAAAAAAUAAUAAAAAAAAAAACAAAAUGUUAUACAUUUAAUCGUAAAUCGAAGCAACGAAGACGCGUGGUUAAAUUUCGCGUCUGAUAAAUUGCUAAUCGUGAAUGUCAUCGAAAGUAUGGGAGAGAGAGAGAAAAGAGAGAGAGAGAGAGAGAAAAUACUCGAUGGAAAUUGUAGCCUGUGGAAAUGUAAACGGUGUCAAUUUCAUGUUAGUGUGGCGCGUCAGAAAAAGAAAAAGAGCAAAGAUGGUCCGAAGAUAAUAAUACCUGGCAACUGUGCCGAGUUGUCUAAACCAAUUCUCGAGCCUAUGUGUAAAAACGCUAUAGUACUUGGAGGAUCUAACGGCUUUGGUUUUGCAGCGGCUGAUCAUCUCUUGGUCAAAGGAGCACGUACUGUCGUAAUAGCUGACCAUGAUCCUGAAGAAGGGAAAAUGGCAGCCAGAAGAUUGUGCAGUUUUCAUGGAAAAAAUCGCUCAUACUACGCUCAUUAUAAUAUAAUGAGUGAUUGUCAUAGUCACAGUAGUUUACAUGAUGCUCUUUGCAAACUCAAAGUGAUUCAUAUUAUUUUUAACAAUAUUGAUAAAGAAAAGCCAUCGAAUCCGAAGAUCGAAGAAAACACUAUACACAAAACGAUUCGAAUAGGCUUGGAACUUUUAGGGAAGGAAAAUGGCGGCUCUGGCGGAAUAAUAAUAAACUGUGCGAGUAUUUUCGGUUUCUUGGGAUGGCCACAAGAUCCAUUCCCAAUUUAUUGCAACAAAGAACCAGCUAUAGAAGUUACCCGACAUUUCGCGAAAAAGUAUAACGUAGAAACAACCGGAGUUCGUUUAGUGGCACUUUGUCCAACGAAUAAAUACUUUCGCGACAUAGGAUUGCCAAUUUUUCCAGACCCUCUUCCAAACAAAACUAACGAAUUGCCAACUUGUGUUCCGCAUUCGAAGUAUCACAUAGGAACAGCUUUAAGUCAUGUAUUAGCGUGGGCAAAGAACGGAAGUGCGUGGUUGGUCGAACCUGCAAUCAGCGUCAAUCAAAUUCCUCAAUUACUUCAUUUUCCGGAGAAGGAAGGCGAACAAGUUGACCCCAAAGUCUAUGAAACACAAUAUUGUACUGUGAAGAUUGACCCACCCUGUGCCAAAGCUAAAGUAUGUACACCCACGAAAGAAGAAAUGUGUAUAAAGAAAGAAGAUAAAGAUAAAAAAAAAAAGAAAAAGAAAGAAAAGAAAUGAAUGAUCCCUUUCUACAACGUAGAAUUAUAUAAUUUAUUAAUUUAUCAAAUCAAUUGCAAAAAUCAAACAUGUCCUGUUAAGUACAAUGUAUAAAAAUAUUU